GGGAAAGAAGACCCUCACCUAUUGUCAAGCCUCCAGUAGAAGCAAAUGCCUCUGCCACUCCUCCUCCAGAAGAUGAAAAAGUCAAAGCCAGAAAAGCUAAACUCGAGGCGUGGAAGAAGGAACGGGAAGCAAAGAAAGCUCUCGAUGAAGCAAAGGCAAAAGCCAUGGCGCUGGCAGGAAAAUCUGUUGCUCCCGUCCCCCCUUCUCCCGUUACACCCGCCGCUCAGCUUAAUCGUGCUGCCCUUAAUGGCCUUGGUUUGAAAGGUCUCCCCAUAAAAUCUGAUGUACUGAAAACUGCAAAAGCAACAGCCGCAGCAGUAAUGGAUGACUCCGUAGAGACUAAACGCAAGUUGGAAACUCUUGGUGAUAUGCCUGCUGUUGACAUGACAAUGACUGAGGGGGAGGCUAUCGGCGCCCCGGAUACCGUGGACGAGGACGAAGAUGCAGUUGACCCUCUUGACGCAUAUAUGACUGGUGUCAAAGAAGAGGUGAAGAAGGUUAAUGCAGAAGAUUUGAAAAAGAUGGCUUCUGGCUUGGGAUCUUCUCGAGUUCGACUUGACGAACGCAUGGCAGAGGAUGGUACCGAGGAUGUGAAUGAGGCCGUCGUAGAGGAUGAAUUAGACGCUACAGAUCUUAACCCAGAAGAUAUUCUUGCGCUCGCAGCUAAGAAAGCCAAGAAAAAAGACCUUGCUGCUGUGGACCAUUCUCGAAUACAAUACGAACCUUUCCGUAAAGAAUUUUACGCUCCCCCUCCGGACAUUGCAGCAAUGACAGAUGAAGAAGCAGAGCUGUUGAGACUGGAGCUCGACGGUAUCAAAAUACGUGGCAUCGAUUGCCCAAAGCCAGUCACGAAAUGGAGUCAUUAUGGGUUGCCUGCAAGCUGUUUGGAUGUCAUUAAACGACUCAAUUAUACUGCCCCAACUGCUAUCCAAGCCCAGGCCAUUCCUGCCAUCAUGUCAGGUCGGGAUGUGAUUGGAGUAGCAAAAACUGGUUCCGGCAAAACGAUAGCAUUCUUACUACCUCUCUUUCGACACAUCAAAGACCAACGGCCCCUGGAUCAGAUGGAAGGUCCUCUUGCUAUCGUAAUGACACCUACCCGCGAAUUAGCGGUACAGAUACACAGAGAAUGCAGGCCCUUCUUGCGGGUGAUGAAUUUGCGAGCUGUUUGUGCAUAUGGAGGUUCACCUAUUAAAGAUCAAAUAGCUGAGCUGAAAAAGGGCGCUGAAAUCAUUGUUUGCACGCCAGGACGGAUGAUAGAUCUGUUGACCGCCAAUUCGGGACGUGUCACUAACCUCAAACGUGUGACGUAUGUCGUUCUUGACGAGGCAGAUCGUAUGUUUGACAUGGGAUUUGAACCUCAAGUGAUGAAAAUCGUCAAUAACAUUCGACCCGACCGCCAGACUGUUCUAUUCUCUGCUACGUUUCCCAAGCAAAUGGAUUCGCUCGCCCGCAAGAUUUUGCGAAAACCUCUGGAGAUCACUGUUGGUGGAAGGUCUGUCGUAGCCGCGGAAAUAGAACAAAUAGUAGAAGUUCGUCCGGAGGAUUCCAAGUUUAACCGCCUGUUGGAAAUCCUUGGUCAGAUGUAUAACGAAGAUCCGGAAUGUCGAACACUGAUUUUCGUCGACAGACAGGAGGCUGCAGACAACCUAUUACGCGACCUCAUGCGAAAAGGCUAUUUAUGUAUGUCCUUACAUGGUGGUAAAGAUCAAGUCGACAGAGACUCCACUAUUGCCGACUUCAAAGCUGGUGUUGUUCCUAUUGUCAUUGCUACCUCUGUUGCUGCUCGAGGACUGGACGUCAAGCAAUUGAAACUGGUAAUCAACUAUGAUGCACCUAAUCACAUGGAAGAUUACGUUCAUCGCGCGGGACGAACGGGCAGAGCAGGAAACAAAGGCACAUGUGUUACAUUUAUCACCCCCGAGCAAGAUAGGUAUAGCGUGGAUAUAUAUCGCGCAUUGAAGGCCAGUAAUGCAUCGGUGUCGAAGGAAUUAGAAGACCUGGCGAAUGGAUUCCUCGAGAAGCUCAAAUCUGGGAAGGCGCAAGCUGCGGGCUCAGGGUUCGGCGGCAAGGGUCUGGAUAGGCUAGAUAAAGAGAGAGAGGCAAAGGAUCGAGCCGAACGUAAAGCAUAUGGCGAGCCUGGAGAAGAAGAGAAGGUUGAAGAAGCUGCGAAGCCUGCUGGUCCAACUACUGCUGCUGCUGCUUCUGCUUCAGCUGACGAUAUGACUUUCGGCAACUUCAAGGUGGAAAUCAAGCGGGGCCCCGCUCCUGAUUCUUCAAAGGGCUUGCUUGGGGUUGCAGGGGCUGCCGCUGCCGCUAGACGCCUUGCUCAUGCUAAGGAAGAGGAGAAGCUGCAAUCAUCUAUCAGAGCGGCGCAAGAAGCCGCUGCUCGUGCGGGCAAGGACACCGCUGCGCAGAAGCAGGCGCUCAGCGUCAUAGCCAAACUCAACGCCCAAAUGAAGGCCUCGAAACUUGUUUUGCAGUCUCAACUCCAACACCAGGAUGAUGGUAGCGGGAGGAAAGUCAAUCCUGACUCAACCGACUUCCAUGCCAUUAUACCUAUCAACGACUAUCCUCAAAAAGCCAGAUGGCGAGUUACGAAUAAGGAGACCAUGGUUCAGCUCAUCGAUAUGACGGGCGCUUCGGUGACUAACAAAGGUCGGUUCCGACGGAAGUUGCGUGGGUACCAAAUUACUGAUAAUUACUACACAGGUAUUUACUACGAUAGCGGGAAAGAGCCUCCUCCCGAAGGUCCUCCGAAAUUGCAUCUGCUCAUCGAGUCUAACGAAGAGUAUAGGGUUGAGCAAGCUGUGCGCGAAAUCAAACGGUUGCUCAUCGAAGCAUCAGCUGCUGCACUGCAAGCCGAAAUGCGCAAUCCCACUGCUGUAUCGGGUAGAUACAGCGUGGUGUAGAAGGAUGGGGUGUUCCGUCAGGCAGAUAGUUUUAGUCUUUGCCACGCUCUUGAAACGUACAUUACUGACGCGGUUGAUGUUAUGACGGAUAGCGAGAGACCUGUCGAACUACAAUACUUGUAAUAUAUUAUCUUGAUAGUUGGCUGGCCAAGCGGCCAAUUUCGAGACGGUGACUUGGUGUAUUCCGAGGCGGGCAACCGCGAGUAACGGUUAAAUGUUUACGUAUGGGGGAAUGAAAGGAGCGAAUUACGUGA